CCAAGAGCCAUCGCCGGCAGACGGUCGCUCCGCUUCCCGCAGAGACACGGGCACUUGGACACUGCUCGCCCGACUUCUGCUAUUGGAAUGAGAAGGCCAAAGAGAUGCAGCUUCUGUAGCGUUUUCCUCUUACUUUUACUGCACUAAAAAGAAGCAGCAAAGACGACUCCCCUUUCCCCUUCAAUUUACCAGCGCAGGGCGUAGAGGGGGCACACAAGACGAGCAGUCCAGGGGGAAACAGGGAUUUGGGAAUGUUUAGUGCAGAUGAGAAAAAGAUUGAGGACUGAGCCAGGAGCUCUUGCACCUCUUCACUUAUUGGGAAUAUUUGCACGGAGCAGCCCAGCCAGAGAGGGGAAUCGCAGCCACGCAGCACAGGAUUAGUGCGAUGUUGAGGAGCAGAAGGCAGAGGAGGUGACGACCUGCACCGGUGUUGGGGACCGCUGGAGGAGGCAUGUCCAGCCCCCCCGCGGCCGGGGGCAGAGGAGCUGGCGCAGCAGUGCUCAGGGGCAGCACUGACCCCGACAGCUCAGCCCUGGGGAGGCAGGGAAGGGUUUAACAGGCCAUCAGAGACGAGCAUUAUAGCUGCCUGUGCUCCUGCAGAGCUUCCUGAAGGGAUGGAGCCAGGAUGGGGCUGGAACAGCACUCAUCGCAGCCGGUCUGGGCACAGCCAGGAGCUGCUGAGCCCCCAGACCCUGGCAGGGGACCCCAACUUGACCCUUUUGCACACCCGGGAUGAGGAGCUGGCCAAGGCAGAGAUCGGGGUGCUGGCCACCAUCCUGGCCGUAGCGACCGUAGGCAAUGUGGGGGUGCUGCUGGCGAUGUACCGCCUGAGGAAGAAGAUGAGCCGGAUGCAUCUCUUCAUCUUGCACCUGGGGCUGACCGACCUGGGCGUUGCGCUCUUCCAGGUGCUGCCGCAGAUGAUCUGGGAGGUGACGUACCGCUUCCUGGGCCCAGACCCUCUCUGCAGGGCGGUCAAGUACCUGCAGGUGCUGAGCAUGUUUGCCUCCACCUACAUGCUCAUCAUGAUGACGCUGGACCGCUACAUGGCCGUGUGCCACCCGCUGCACACCCUGCAGCAGCCCAGCCGCCAGGCCUACGUGAUGAUCGGGGCUACGUGGCUGCUCAGCUGCCUGCUCAGCCUGCCCCAGAUCUUCAUCUUCUCCCUGCGGGAGGUGCGCCAGGGCUCGGGGGUGCUGGACUGCUGGGCGGACUUCAGGUAUCCAUGGGGAGCCCGAGCCUACAUCACCUGGACCACGCUGUGCAUCUUCAUCCUGCCCGUCAGCAUCCUCACCAUCUGCUACAGCCUCAUCUGCUACGAGAUCUGCAAGAACCUCAAGGGCAAGACCCAGAGUGGUGCCCCCAGCUCGGGGGGGCCUGCAGCAGCUGCCCCUCCUGCUCCCUGCUCCUCCGAGAAGAGUGGGCAAUGCCCCAGCGGGCAGCCCUCACGGGUAAGCAGCGUGCGGACCAUCUCCCGUGCCAAGAUCCGCACGGUGAAGAUGACCUUUGUCAUUGUGGUGGCCUACGUCGCCUGCUGGGCACCGUUUUUUAGCAUGCAGAUGUGGUCGGUGUGGGACGAGGAUGCUCCUGAUGAUGAGUCCACCAACGUGGCUUUCACCAUCACCAUGCUGCUGGCCAGCCUCAGCAGCUGCUGCAACCCCUGGAUUUACAUGUUCUUCAGCGGGCACCUGCUCCAGGACGCAGCACGCUGCCUGUCCUGCUGGGGCGGCCCCCGGCCCGGGCUGCGGAGACUGGCGUCCACCGGGAGCCUCUGCAGCAGGAAAACCACUAUCCUGAGCCACAGCCACCACCCCAGCCCCGCCAGCCUCCCCCUGCACGGGGGCAGCGCCAAGGACUUCUACCCCCCCUGCGAGGAGGUGGUGACCGAGUCGGGCACGCUCUAGGCUGCGGAUGUCCCCAGGCACAUCUCUCCAUUGGAGACAGCUGCCACCAGAUGUGACACCACGAACGUUGUCACUGCAGAGCUGUGUCUCUCCCCACCUAGUAGCAUCUCAUUUUGCAGGAAGCUGUGUGCUUCACCCAGAAAGCAUCGCUGUCCGUCUUGCCCUUGCGUGCUUGCUACUGUGCACGCUGCAUCUGCUGUGAGCAUCGGGGACGAUAGACAGAGCCCCAUCAGCUGUUGCCUGACCACAGCAUGCACCUCCCUCGUACGUUAGGAAGCCUCUCGGUGCCUGGCUGCUCUCCUCCAGGAAUGCCUCACAACCCAGGUGUCUGCCAAGGGAUGCUGCACCAGCACGUCUUCCUGGAGGGACUCGAGCUUUGGGUGUUUAACAGAUGCCAGCAAAGCAGCCUGAGCACAGCAGGAGGCAACGUGGCUACAUCUGCUCGAGAGCUCCCUGCAAGCAAGUUACUCAUCUCCCAUCCUCAGGGUUUUGCGGGCAGAGCAGACACAGCUUUCCCACGCCCUGGGCCACACCACACUCUCCCCUCUGGGCGGCAUAGCAUUGCCUUCUAGCUGACCGGCAGCUCUGGAGCUGGACCCCCUGCCCACCUCCCAAUGGGCAGGGAUGGAGCAAAAGCCACAGGGAAGAAAUGUCCUCUCCCGUUGCGCACGGCGGCAUCGCAGCGGGCUGGUGCAAGCAUCCGAAAUGCAGCCCUGACACCACCAAAGAGCUGCUGGGAGCAGCCCUGGCCCAGCUCCAGCUUGCCCAGGCAGAUCCUGCCUCCCUCCGUGCCCUGACACUUCCCAUCAGGUUUAUUUGCAGCCCCCAGCCG